CUUUGGCAAACAAAUAAGAUUGUGUUUAAUGAGCGGCUAAUAACCUUAUAGCGAACUGAAUAAACAUCGUCCUUCGUUGUGCUUGAAUAACCAUGGCAUCUGGUGGUUCUCGAAACUUACCAAAGGUGCGUCUGACUCGGGAGCAGAAGCGUAGUUGUGUGGAGCUGUUUAAGACCCUGGAUGCGGACCACAAUGGGUGCCUGGAUGAGGAGGAGAUGUUUGAGGCGAUGAAGGCACAGGGCUUCACUCAGUACCAACUCAGUGACGCCAGGACACUCGUCAAACAGUAUGACACAGAUGGUUCUGGCAAGAUAGAGUUGAAGGAGUUCAUUAAGAUGAUGGAGCAGCAGGCGGCGGAGGAGUUGUACAAGGAGUACUGUGACUUCAUAUUCGACUACAUAGACAGAGACGGAUCAGGAGAGAUCACGAAAAGAGAACUCAGGAAAAUGUUAGGCAAAUUUAGUGGGAAUGAAGACGUGGUGAAGUUGGAGUGUGAGGCUCUUUUACAGAGUGCAGAUGACAACUCAGACGGGAGAAUAGACAGAGCAGAGUUCAAACAACUGCUGCGCAAUAUCCCUUAUAACGCAGUCCAGCAGUCAUUCGAACUGUUCGUCAGGGGAAAGUCGGCCGCUAAUGAUGGUUCGGCAUGAAUAAACUACUGGAGUUUCUUUUGUGUUAUUAAUUGAAUUCAGCGCUAUAAUACUCCAAAAAUAAAAUAAUUUAAGCUAGUUUGAUUGAACCAAUAAGAAGAAAAAAGCUUGGC